UGUUUUCUCAAUUACUGUAACAUCCCUGGUCACUUCUAACCCUCAGGGAGAUGAAGUGAUUUAUUCUGGUGAAUUUGGGAAGAAGAAACUGGGUGUGCUCUGCUCAGCUCAUCUCCUCCAUUUUGCUUUUGGACAUCAAUCCUGACCGCAGAGAGCUGUUUUCUUUACUUCUCUAGACCCUGUCUUACAAAACUGCCUUUCCAGGAGCUUUGACCUGAGCCAGCAUUGCCCAUGGCCAUAUGGGUAAAUCUGUCAAAUUUGGAGAUUUGGUUUUUAGGCAACUUGGGCCCCCAUGCUAAACCAUAUUCUUCAGUUUAGCCUUCAUCAGUAAAAAUGGUGAUGUUUUGGUCUCCCUUUGCCUUAUCCUCUUCUCAUUUCUCAGUAUGUUUAGAAUUUGGAUGGACAAGAAGAGUGCUAUUUAUUUGGCCCUUUCAUACCCCAAAAGCUAGGAUUCAAGGGGAAGGGGACUAACUUUGCUGAAAAGGGUUAUUGUUUGCUUGAAUUAAAAGAAGGCAGUAGUUGUGAAGAGCUAGUGAUCUUUGAGGUAUGAUGGAGCUUCAGAGAUUCAAAAUUAUCUAAGUAAAUUAGGAGAUAAAAUAAUUAUCUGCAAAUGAUCCAGGAGAGAUGGAAUUGGAAACUUAAAAGAAGAAAAGAUUUAGAAUUGGAACUAUGGGGAGUGUACUCAAGAACCAUCUGAAGAGGACCAAAGGAUUGCCAGUUAGGAUGACAGACAAGAUGAUGUUAACAGGCUUGGAUGGAUAGAGCUCAAAGAUAGCCUUACUCUUUGCCACCAGGGACAGAGUGGUGAAAAUUGCUCUAUAGAAUAUAUUUUGUUCUUGUUCUAUUAAUUUUCAGAAGUAAAUGAAGGAGUCUGUUAGGGUUGGAAUAGUUACAUCAAUACUGUUAAAAAUGAUAAACUAUACUUCCUUGAAUAUGGUAGUUUAGACAGCCACUAAGUUAACCCUUAUUUCAGUUGAUUCAGAUUUUUCUUUUUUGUGUGUGUAUGUGUUCGGGAUUUUUUUUUAUUAACCUAUUUUUUAAAGAGCCUAAUCAAUGAAAUACUACAUGGUAGCAACCUCAAAUACCAGCAGGAUAAAUUUUUAACAUCUGUUGUUUUUCAUUACACAGAGAGAGUCAAUGGCUUUAUUGAAGGGUAUUAUUAUUUAUGUGAUGAGUUUAGUCGCUUUCAUGAAGAAAAGAAAAUACGCUGGAUUAUUUCUUUUGUCUAUUGACUUUUCUAGGACCAAGGGAAGUACCAGCCUCUCCAUGAAGUAAUCUCAAACUAUUCUUUGGAUGCCUGAUUUCUCUCAAUUUCUACUACCCUUAAAAGUCAAAAUGGGACUGAAAGUUGUGGAACCAUAAUUCUUGACAUCAAAGUUGGGUGUUUUUUGUAGGCAGUCAUUAUGAUUCCAGAUGAUUAAGGCAGAUAGGAAGGCCCUUCUGAGAGUUUAACAAAGCUCUCAACAACCUAUACCAUGGACAUAAAACUGGAGCUGCCUCAGGAUGACCUGCCUCUCAUGGCCAACACCAGCCACAUACUUGUGAAGCACUAUGUACUGGACUUAGAUGUGGAUUUCAAAAGUCAAAUCAUUGAGGGUACCUUAGUGCUUUUCUUUCAGCCUGGAAACAGAUACAGGAAAAAGAGUAGUUCCACUGAGGAAACCUGCCGAUCAGAGUCAAAUGAAGCCUGCAAAUUUAGGAUGCCGGAACCUUGCCAUGUACCUGUGCCAAAUACAAGGACCUUCUCAUCUAAAAUGAGAUACAAUGAUUUUGCAAUCUGUGGUAAAGGUGAAGAAAAGACUUCUGGUAAAGAUGGUAACCAUGACAACAGGGGACAGGCUUCUGGGAUUUCUAGCUCAAAGUACUGCUGUGACACAGGGAUUCAUGGGAGUGAGGAUUUUUUGCUAGUGUUGGACUGCUGUGAUUUAUCUGUGUUAAAGGUUGAGGAGGUGGAUGUUGCUGCUGUGCCAGGUAUUGAAAAAUUUACAAGGUCUCCCAAGCUCAGGGUUGUUUCUGAGCUCAGGAAUCAGAUUGUACAUGAACUUGUGACUCUGCCUGCAGAUCGUUGGAGGGAGCAGUUAGACUAUUAUGCUUGCUGCAGCCAGGCUCCUGGCUGUGGGGAACUCCUGUUUGACAUUGACAGUUGGAGCUUACAGAUCAGGAAGACAGGGGCUCAAACAGCUACUGACUUUCCUCACGCCAUAAGGAUAUGGUACAGAACCAAACCCCAGGGGAGAUCAGUUACAUGGACCUCAGACCAGAGUGGCAGACCAUGUGUUUAUACUAUGGGAUCUCCCAUAAACAACAGGGCCCUUUUCCCAUGCCAGGAGCCACCCGUUGCCAUGUCAACAUGGCAGGCCACAGUCCGAGCAGCUGCGUCUUUUGUUGUUUUAAUGAGUGGAGAAAAUUCUGCCAAGCCAACACAGCUUCGGGAAGGGAGCUUGAGCUGGCAUUACUAUGUAACCAUGCCAAUGCCAGCCUCCACCUUUACAAUUGCAGUGGGAUCCUGGACAGAAAUGAAGCCAGAGACCUGCUCAUCAAAUGAUCUGGCAGCAGAGAUAUCCUUCUCAACUUCCGAGGCUGACUUCAGGUAUGCUGGCAUUUGUGGCCAUGUGGAAUACCCCUGCCGCUUCCAGGAUACUUCUGCCACCACCCAGGAGGUCAUUCCUCAUCGGGUCUUUGCCCCAGUGUGCCUCAAAGGUGCCUGCCAACAGACCCUCCUGCAGCUGCUCUCUCCGUGCCUCUCAGCAGCACACUCUGUCCUGGGAACACAUCCCUUCCCCAGGCUGGAUGUACUCAUCGUUCCUGCCAACUUUCCAAGUCUGGGGAUGGCCAGCCCACACAUUGUCUUCCUGUCUCAGAGUACUUUGACCGGAGGGAGCCAUCUUUGUGGGAUCCGUCUCUGCCACGAAAUUGCGCAUGCCUGGUUUGGCCUAGCCAUCGGGGCCCGUGAUUGGACGGAAGAGUGGCUGAGUGAAGGGUUUGCCACUCACUUGGAAGAUGUAUUCUGGGCCAAAGCACAGAAGCUGGCCCCCCAUGAGGCCCAGGAACAGCAGGAGCUGCGGGCUUGCCUGCGCUGGCGUCGCCUGCAAGACGAGUUGCAGAACUCCCCAGAGGAGAUGCAGGUGUUGAGACCCAAUAAAGAGAAAACUGGCCAUAUGAGUGACUCAGGAUCAUCUGUCAUCAAACAUGGGCUCAACUCAGAGAAGGUCUUCAUGCAGGUUCAUUAUUUAAAGGGCUAUUUCCUUCUCCGAUUUCUUGCUGGAAGACUUGGAGAUAACACCUAUUUUUCAUUUUUAAGAAAAUUUGUUCACACAUGUCAUGGGCAGUUGAUUCUUUCCCAGGAUUUCCUUCAAAUGUUGUUGGAGAACAUCCCAGAAGAAAAAAGGCUUGAUCUGUCUGUCGAAAGCAUCUCCCGAGACUGGCUUGAGAGUUCUGGGCUACCACAGCCGCUGCAGACGGACCUCCAGGCCGGGGCGGAGUGCAGGCUUGUGCGGCAAGUGGACGCAGAGGUGGCGAAAUGGAAUCAACUGAACCGGAGACCCCGAAAACGGAAACGAAGGGGGACCGAAGAAGUGUUUGAAAAGAUGAGAAGAGCUGAAAACCCACGUCAGUGUAAUCAGCCAGCAUGUGUUCUUGAAUUUGUUACGUGUAAGGCCCUAUGUAAGAAGUUGCUGAAAUAUACCAAAGAAUAGGAGAUGUCAUUUGUGGCCAUGGGAGAUAAAACAUACAACAUAUAAGAGACCAUUUACAAAAAAGCAUCAUGUGACAAAUCCAAACCAUUGUGGCUCAAACUAAGGACUUGCGUAUGUGAUACAUUUUACCUGAGGCUACCCCGGCCUGGAGUUUCCAUGCCUGGGCCUUGUUUUGAUAAAACAAUCCUUUAAGCAUGCAAGCUGGAAGUUAUGGUGGGAAAUUAGGUAAUUGAAUCAACUGAAUCAAUUUUAAUGCUUUUACCUGAUUUGUAAGUAUAGAUAGGGGUUUGAUUGAUGUACAUAUAAAUAGUGUUAGUAUCUUUAUUUCAAUAUGUGAUUUAAAAAAAUAAAUUCAUCCAUGUUUUGAAAGUAAAACUGGAACCCAUCAUAGAAAUUCUGCUUAUACUUAUGAAUCACAAUGAUUUGGAAAUCCAAGACUAGAAAUAUAAUAUUCUGUAAUUCUGUAUAUAACACAUUCCUUAUUAAAUUCUGUAUUGAUUUAAACAAUUUAUAUACUAAUUUUAUUGCAUAUUCACAACAUACAAAACCCUCAGUAAAAGUGUAGAGAGUGCAUAUGUGAAUGGAACACAAAGAGUUUACAGUUGAGAAGUAAAAAACUAUAAAGAAUAGAAGACAAUAUUGAAUCAAAUCUCUAUCAGAGGUACAAUAGGUAUGUACACAGAGCAAUGUGUAUCUCUUGGAAACUGAAAGGAAGUCAUAUCACUUUUGACUAUUUAAUUGUCUACAAGCCUUGUCCAGGCUGAUAGGACACAAAUGUUUGUUGUAGGUCAUUCAACUUUUGUUGUUUUGUAGAAUUGAGGAGGCUGUGAUUUCUGCUUUUAAAAUUCAGAUUGAUUUUGUGAGAACAUAACUGAAACUGUGAAAUUAGUGUUUCUCUUCAACUUACUAAUCAGUGCUAUAGCAAAUUUUUAGGCUUCUUCUGAACUUGGACACAUAAAUUUUCAG